AGGAGGAGGGAGGGGAGGGGAGGUUGGAGGAGAGAGUGACGGAGAGGGAGGACGCUCCAUCAGGACAUUUGGGCUCAUCGGUGCGGACUGACUUUCGGGCGGGGAUGCUGAGGGGCUUUCUCGGCUCUGCUUUUACCUCCGGGAUGAUGAGAGGGCGUCAGGCGGCGGGGAGGCGACCGUCGUACCUUUGCCUUUGAUGACACCAUCCGUGUGUCCCCUCGCUCCGCUCCUGGACGGCCGCGCAGGUGACGAUGAUGGUUGCAGUGAGAGGGAGGAUGCUGCCGAAUUUCUUUGAAAAAUAAAACACUUUUCCUCCGCGCCGCAAGAUGACCAUGACGCCGACGUUUCCGAGGGAAAACGGUAUUUUUUUCCUUCCCCCUCAUCUCUUUUCUUGAGGUCAUGCUUUAUGAAUCCCAAUUUUCCUGGUUCUGUCGGAGCGCACUUUGUGAAACAACUAGGGUGGCGGUAGCCACAUCUCACCAAACAUUGCGGAUGUUCCCAAAUAAAUAAAUAAUAGUAGCUCUUCCUUCUUUCGAUGCCUUUGAAAUCAUCAGAAACAGCGACUGUUUCCAAGAUGCCAAGUCGUCAGAAAGCUGCCACUGUUUUCUAAAUUUAUCGACAAAAAAAAUUAAUGUCUUGAGGCCUGUUUUAGAUUUUCAUGACACCGUUACCACAGUGGGAAUGACUCGUCCAGAAAGGUGCAGGAACAUCUGGUGCGCCGUGAUACCAGCAUGCAGAACAUGAAGCCUUCGUGUUAACCUGUGCGUCUCCCCAUGGUUUCAUGUUGGGAGGCGAAUCCUGCUGAACGCGGACAGACUCCUCUAGUACAGGGCAACCAGGCGACCACCCCGUCGAUUCCCUCACCUACAGCUGUCCGUUUGCCAGAGACGCAUAGAGAAGGAGACGGUACAUGGGCGUCCUCGUCCCCUGAAACCAGGAGCCGCGCAUCCUCUGGCCAGGUGUUCAUCAUCAAGACAAACCCGUUGUGCAUAUGAGACGUUCUGAUCCAGAUGGGAUGUAAUGUGUGGCUGCACAGCUGAGCAUUGGUCUCCUUCUCCGCUGUUUCGUGAAGAUUGGUGUCCAAGAUCGGUGUCCACAGAAUGGCGCGGUUUGGAGACGAGGUACCAGCCAGAUACGGGGGAGGGCCCGGCGGAGGGGGCCCCGGGGGCCGUGGUGGCAGCAGGCAAGGUGGACCUCAUGGACACGGACACGGACAUGGCCCACCUGGAGGGCCCGGGGGCCAAAGAGUGUACAAGCAGUCUAUGGCGCAGAGAGCCCGGACAAUGGCCCUCUAUAACCCCAUCCCGGUGCGCCAGAACUGCUUCACUGUCAAUCGCUCCUUGUUCAUUUUCAGCGAGGAUAACUUCGUGAGAAAAUACGCCAAAAAGAUCACCGAAUGGCCUCCAUUUGAGUGGAUGAUCCUAGCCACCAUCAUUGCAAACUGCAUCGUCCUCGCUCUGGAACAACAUUUGCCUGAUGGAGACAAGACGCCACUGUCUGAACGCCUGGACGAUACAGAGCCGUACUUCAUUGGGAUCUUUUGUUUCGAGUCGGGGAUAAAGAUUCUGGCGCUUGGGUUUGCCUUCCAUAAGAACUCCUACCUGAGAAAUGGCUGGAAUGUCAUGGAUUUUGUAGUUGUGCUCACAGGGAUUCUGUCCACUGUGGGUUCAGAUUUCGACUUGCGAACCCUCCGAGCUGUGAGAGUUUUGAGGCCUCUCAAGCUGGUGUCUGGCAUUCCAAGCUUACAGGUUGUGCUGAAAUCCAUUAUGAAAGCCAUGAUUCCUCUGCUGCAAAUUGGCCUGCUCCUUUUCUUUGCCAUCCUCAUGUUUGCCAUCAUCGGGUUGGAGUUCUACAUUGGCAAAUUCCACUCAACCUGCUUUGACAAUCAUACAGAUGAGAUUCGGGAAGAGUUUCCAUGUGGAACAGAACCUCCAUCUCGGCUGUGUCCAGAGGGGACCACUUGCAAAAAAUACUGGUUAGGACCAAACCACGGCAUCACCCAGUUUGACAACAUCCUGUUUGCUAUUCUCACCGUCUUCCAGUGUAUCACCAUGGAGGGCUGGACUGAACUGCUCUACUAUAGCAAUGACGCCUCAGGGAGUGCAUGGAACUGGAUGUACUUCAUCCCCCUCAUUAUCAUUGGCUCCUUCUUUAUGCUUAACUUGGUGCUCGGUGUGUUGUCGGGGGAGUUUGCCAAAGAGCGAGAGCGUGUGGAGAACAGGAGUGAGUUCCUGAAGCUCAGAAGGCAGCAGCAGAUCGAAAGGGAACUCAAUGGUUACCUGGAGUGGAUCUGCAAAGCUGAGGAAGUUAUCUUGGCAGAUGAUGAAAAUGAAAAUGAAUAUGAUGGUUCUCGAAGGAGAGCCACAAAGAACCACAAGAAUAAAGCUGAGCUUUUGAACCCAGAGGAGGGAGAGGGGGAGCUGGGAGUGGGUUCCCCGUUUGCCCGGGCGAGUCUCAAGAGCUCCAAACUGGAGGGGUCAACAUUCAAGCGGCGGGAGAGACGACUGCGCUUCUUAAUCCGACAUAUUGUCAAGUCUCAGGCAUUCUACUGGACCGUAUUGUGUUUAGUGGGCCUGAAUACGCUUUGUGUGGCUGCUGUGCACUAUGACCAGCCCGAGCCACUAUCAGACUUUCUGUAUUUUGCUGAAUUCAUCUUCCUGGGAAUCUUUCUAACAGAGAUGUGUGUAAAGAUGUACGGCCUCGGCAAGCAGGCUUACCUCAACUCCUCUUUUAACUGCUUUGACUGCAUUGUCAUAUGUGGUAGUAUAUUCGAAGUGUUGUGGUCCAUCAUCAAUCCGGGCACCUCCUUUGGCAUCAGCGUGUUACGAGCUCUCAGGUUGUUGAGGAUCUUCAAAGUCACCAAGUACUGGGCUUCUUUGCGAAACCUUGUGGUCUCUCUGCUGAACUCCAUGAAGUCCAUCAUCAGCUUGCUCUUCCUGCUCUUUCUCUUCAUAGUUGUCUUUGCCCUGCUGGGCAUGCAGCUCUUCGGGGGACAGUUUAAUUUUGAAAAAGGCACGCCCCCCACCAAUUUUGAUACCUUCCCAGCAGCAAUAAUGACAGUGUUUCAGAUCCUGACUGGCGAGGACUGGAACAUGGUGAUGUACGAUGGCAUCCAGUCUCAGGGCGGAGUCAACAAGGGCAUGGCCUUCUCUGUCUUCUUCAUCGUUCUCACACUUUUUGGAAACUAUACUCUACUGAAUGUGUUCUUGGCUAUCGCUGUGGACAAUUUGGCCAACGCACAGGAGUUGACCAAGGAUGAACAAGAGGAAGAGGAGGCUGCCAAUCAGAAGAUGGCUCUGCAGAAAGCGAAGGAGGUGGCGGAAGUCAGCCCACUGUCUGCCGCCAACCUCUCCAUUGCAGCCAACAAAGUACACAGUGAGUGUCACAACGCAACCGACCCCUUUCUGGAAUGUAAGGAGCAACAGAAGAACAACAAUAAGGGGGUGAAUCAGUCAGUGUGGGAGCAGCGGACCAAGGAGCUGAGGAGGCAGACUCUGGUGUCCAGUCGUGAGGCCCUGUACAACGAGCUGGAGGCUGAUGAUCGCUGGAAGGCAAGGACAGGGAGGGAGGAGCACAACAAUGUCAACUUUUCCCGUCACAUUCGUUCAGACAUGAAAACUCAUCUGGAUCGGCCAUUGGUGGUCGAUCCCCGGGAGAAUCGAAACAACAACACCAACAAGACCACUUCCAACAAUUCGGAUCUCUGCGUCAGUAAGCAUCACCCUGCAGAUGAUCUCCACGAGCAAACACACCUCCAUGAGCACCACCACCAAAUGGGAGGAGGUGGGGGGGGUGGCUCCAUUCCGCCCAGGCCCCCUCUGGACCGUGGGGAGUCUACAGAAAGUAGGCGUAGCCGCAAAAGUGAGCACCACCACAAAUCUCACGUCAGGUUGGAUGCCACGGUCAUUCCUGGGCCGAGCCCAGAGGAUAGACCAUCUAGACGGCACCAUCACGCUCGGAGCGGUGGUCGAGGGGGAGGACAAUCAGAGAACAGGAAGCCCAAGACACACAGAAAACAUGCAGAGGACGGUGAUGAUGAUGGAGGGGGAGCUGUGAAAACAAGGAGACAUAAGACCAGAAAAGUGGAGAAAGCUGGAGAGGAAGAACAAGAGGGAGCAGGCGACGGUCGCGAAAAGAGGCCAGGAAGAAGUCGGCAUGGAGCUCAGACGGAAGGAGAGGGGAAGAAAACCUGCCCUCACAGAAGGAAGGAUUGCAGUGUCCUCAACCUCUCAACCACUCGGCCCAUUCAAAAGACGGUCUCCCGGCAAAACAGCCAGUACAGUGAGGACAUGGACAACCUCAUGAACACCAAACUUAUUUCUGGUUCUGCACCCCGAAUUGAAGGUCAUCCUAAUCCACCUGUCAGCCGAACUGUAGCUCCCGGCUUUGGAUCGGCAUUCCACUUGGCUCACAGUGGAACUCACGGAAGUCUGGUAGCAAUAGACAGCUACGGAAACAUCGGACAUCAUCGCGCCAGCAGUGUGAUCAGGCUGCCCCACCCAGACUACACAUCACUGGAUAUGCCAAUAUUUCCAUCAAUCAAUGCCAUAUUGCAAGUUAAUAAAAACGCCAACACAGAGCCUUUGCCAGCCAAAGAGGAUAAGAGUGACGAUGAUGAUAAAGGAGCAGAGGGAGGACCCAAACCCAUGCCCCCCUAUAGCUCUAUGUUUAUCUUGUCAACCACCAACCCGUUUCGACGGGCGUGCCACUACAUCUGCACGCUGCGUUACUUUGAGAUGUGCAUUCUGCUGGUCAUUGCCAUGAGCAGUAUUGCAUUAGCGGCCGAAGAUCCUGUCUGGCCCGACUCCCCUCGAAACAACGUUCUUCGAUAUUUUGACUAUGUCUUUACUGGAGUAUUUACAUUUGAGAUGUUGAUAAAGAUGGUGGAUCUAGGGUUGGUCUUGCACCAGGGCUCUUAUUUUCGAGACUUAUGGAACAUCCUUGACUUUAUAGUGGUUAGUGGUGCUCUGGUGGCCUUUGCCUUCACCGGCGGCGGGGGGAACAGCAAAGGAAAAGACAUCAGCACCAUCAAGUCUUUGAGGGUGCUAAGAGUGUUGCGUCCUCUAAAGACCAUCAAACGUCUUCCCAAACUCAAGGCUGUGUUUGAUUGUGUGGUCAACUCUCUGAAGAAUGUUCUGAACAUCCUGAUUGUAUACCUGCUCUUCAUGUUCAUCUUUGCCGUUGUGGCGGUGCAACUUUUCAAAGGACGAUUCUUUUACUGCACUGAUGAAUCUAAAGAGUUAGAAAGUGACUGCAGGGGUGAAUAUCUAGUGUAUGAGCGUGAUAAUGAAGUGAAGGCGCAGAAGCGGGAAUGGAAGAAGUACGAUUUCCACUAUGACAAUGUGGCUUGGGCCCUUCUCACCCUCUUCACUGUUUCCACUGGAGAGGGGUGGCCGCAGGUACUGAAACAUUCAGUCGAUGCGACCUACGAGAAUCGGGGCCCAAGCCCGGGAUAUCGGAUGGAAAUGUCCAUCUUUUACGUGGUGUACUUCGUGGUCUUCCCCUUCUUCUUCGUCAACAUCUUUGUUGCUCUAAUAAUUAUCACCUUCCAAGAACAAGGAGACAAGAUGAUGGAGGAGUACAGUCUAGAAAAGAAUGAGAGAGCCUGUAUAGACUUUGCCAUCAAUGCUAGGCCCCUGACACGCCACAUGCCACAAAACAAGCUCAGCUAUCAAUAUAAGAUGUGGGAGUUCGUGGUGUCACCGCCAUUUGAAUAUACCAUCAUGGCUCUGAUUGCGCUUAAUACGAUUGUGCUAAUGAUGAAGUAUGACGGAGCUUCUGAAGCCUACGAAGCUGUGUUAGUCAAUCUGAACAUAGUGUUUACCUCCCUCUUCUCCAUGGAGUGUGUACUCAAGAUCAUUGCCUUUGGAGCGCUGAAUUAUUUUAAAGAUGCCUGGAAUAUUUUUGACUGUGUGACAGUUCUGGGCAGCAUUACUGACAUCCUGGUUACCGAGCUCGGGAUGGAUAACUUCAUCAACCUAAGUUUCUUAAGGCUGUUCAGGGCAGCUCGCCUCAUCAAGCUGCUGAGGCAGGGAGAAACUAUUCGCAUCCUGCUCUGGACCUUCGUUCAGUCCUUCAAGGCGCUGCCUUAUGUCUGCCUCCUCAUUGCCAUGCUAUUUUUUAUCUACGCCAUCAUUGGAAUGCAGCUUUUUGGAAACAUUAAGAUUGAAGAAGAUGGAGAGAGUGCUAUCAACCAGCACAACAACUUCAGGACCUUUGUACAAGCUCUGAUGCUCCUCUUUAGGAGUGCUACAGGAGAGGCGUGGCAUGAGAUCAUGCUAGCGUGUCUGGGGGGUAAGGAGUGUGACCCCCUGUCAACGAACACAGGGCCAGAGUGUGGCAGCCAAGUGGCCUAUCUCUACUUUGUGUCCUUCAUCUUCUUCUGCUCAUUCUUGAUGCUGAAUUUGUUUGUAGCUGUCAUCAUGGACAACUUUGAGUACCUGACAAGAGAUUCAUCCAUCCUUGGACCUCACCACCUGGAUGAGUAUGUCAGGAUAUGGGCCGAGUAUGAUCCUGCCGCCUGCGGCCGCAUACAUUAUAAGGACAUGUACAGUUUAUUACGAGUUAUCGACCCACCUCUCGGCUUAGGCAAGAAAUGCCCUCAUAGGGUGGCCUGCAAGAGACUGCUCCGUAUGGACCUGCCGGUGGCUGAUGACAACACGGUCCACUUUAACUCCACUCUCAUGGCUCUGAUUCGCACAGCUCUGGAUAUUAAGAUUGCUAAGGGCGGGAUCGACAAGCACCAGAUGGAUUCAGAGCUGAGGAAAGAGAUGAUGGCGAUUUGGCCUAACCUCUCCCAGAAGACCUUAGACUUGCUGGUCACACCACACAAGUCAACAGACCUAACAGUGGGAAAAAUAUAUGCUGCCAUGAUGAUCAUGGAGUAUUACCGGCAGAGCAAGAUCAAACGCUCCCAGGCUCUCCGUGACGAGCAGAAUCGAACGCCAUUACUGUUUCAGCGCGUGGAGCCACCUACUCCCGACCAUGAUGGUGGUCCGGGACUGAAUAACGCUCUGCCUCCACCUGAGAAAACAGAUGCCGUCAACAGCCUACCAGUGGAGGGCGGGAUCCCCGAGAGCCAAUCGUGGGUUACGGCUCGUGCUCAGGCCAUGUCCCAGAAGGUUGGCAGCUGGAGUCCAGAAGGACACGCUGAGGACGGCCUGCGGGGCAUGAGCAACUCACAGACGGUAGAGAUGAAAGAGAUGGGGCAGGAUGGUUACUCGGAUACUGAGCACUUUCCACCAAUGGAAGGCCACGGCAGGGCCGCUUCCAUGCCCCGCCUCCCAGGCGACAACCAACAGCGGAGAAAAGGGAAGCACCGUGGCAGUAAUCUCAGUACAAUCCACGACAACAGCCCAAUGAAACGCUCUGCCUCAUCGCUGGGCCACAGCAGGUCCGGGAGGGGUCACAGAGGUAAGGGAGGGGGCGACGAAUACAGCAUCGAGAGGCCGAUACCUGAGGAGGGCAGAGCUUCCAGACACGGACACCGGAGAAAAGACAGAAGCCAUCGGGCAUCUGAGAGGUCGCUAUGCCGCUACAACGACGCCGACACAGGCCUGGGCACAGACUUGAGUACCAACACGCAGUCUAGUGACCUUGCAUCAAAAGAGAAGGACCGUGACCGUGACAGGGGCCGGUCCAAAGACCGCAAACACCACCACCACCAUCACCACCACCACGGCUCCCUGGACAAGGAGCACAAUGUAGCAGAGCGAGGGGGAGAGUACGGACACAGGCACUCCCGAGACAGAGAGCAGGAGCGCGAGCAGGAGAGGGAAAGGGACCGCCGCUGGUCGAGAUCGCCCAGCGAGGGCCGCAAGUGCAUAACACACAGACAGGGCAGUAGUUCGGUCAGCGGGAGUCCGGUCCCAUCCACCUCGGGGACCAGUACGCCGCGGCGGGGCCGCCGACAGCUGCCUCAGACACCUUCCACCCCUCGGCCCCACGUCACGUACUCCCCUGUAGUCCGAAAGGCCAUGCCCGCGCCUCCUGGGGGGCCCCAGAGCAGACCCCCUGCCCCUCGUCACUUUUCUCCAGAGCCCCCUCAAAUCCAGGGCCCUCCCCCUGCCGGCCUCCCGAUGACUCAUCAUGGCGCUCCCCGCCAGGGUCAUCACCCACCGCCCCGCUGGGGAGACGCAGGUGGAGGAGGGGGCUCAGCUGAAGGGGACGGCUGCUUUUACAACCAGGAUUAUGAGCAGCACCAUGAACCGCCUGCCUAUGAGCCAAACCCCAUGCAGGGUGGAAACCCCCACCCUCAUGUUCUGGCCAACCACCCACUGCCACCCCCCACACAACCGCAGCCUCACAUUCCCCACCCCCUUCCUCCUCCGCAGCCCCACCCUGUGAACAAUCCCCACCCACAGGGCACGCGCACCUCGCCUGGACGCCACGCGCCCCCUCCCACCACUGCCCUGACCGGGCCUGUGCAGAGCCAGGUCCAGCCCGUCGCUCAGCGCCGUCUGCCCAACGGUUACCGAGCUUCAUCGCCUCUCACACACCUCCAUGGACCCCCACACACCGGGCCUCAGAAGGUUCCCCAUCCAGCCGGGCACCCCAGGGGUCCCCGCAAAGGCCUGCACGAACCCUACAGUGAAACGGAGGAAGAUGAUUGGUGCUAGCCUCUGGGAAUGUGGGAUGGACACAUGGAGGGGGGAAAAAUAUCGAUACCUGGAGCGAAAGAAAAAAAGAAAGCUCUGAGCCAGAGCAGUGACUGCCAAGGGAAACCACAACUUUUCUUUGUCGUCUAUUCUUAUUUUUAUUUUCCUCGCCUCCGUUUCUAUGGGUGUCCCCAGGGAGGCGGGGUUGUGUGUGAAUGUCGGGAUGGAGCAAAAGCGUUAAGGCAGGAUCUGGAAAAACGACGACACGGUGCCAGCCUCUGAGUUCUGCUGGUGUUGUCGGCCAUCAUUGCUUGAUGCCAAAAGAGACCAUGCUGAAAUUCCAGUUCUAUAGCAGUGGACGGAGUGAUGGACACUAUUCUUUGUGUCUUAUUCAUGCCUCUGGCAACGAGCUACAGCCACUAACAAGAUGUCAAGAGUUGCAACUCGAUUAAAGACACUUUAAAGUCAGAGACAAAGGAGCAACCUCUUAUUUUGGUUUCUUAUUCUUUCCUUUUGUUUCUACGGGCUAACUUCUCUUGAGUUGGCUGGAGAAAAAAACUAGAGAUUGAAAUCCAACCCUCCCAGCCACCAACCGAAUAUCGAUGAGUUUUAUCAUCUGUUUUUAAAUAAACUGUCAAGGAGCCUCCACCUGUAUAAUGUGAGAAGGCUUAGUGGGUGGGGGUGUUGCAAAUAAGCUGACAAGUCACUUUGUCAAAAUCAAGAGGAAAGGGGAUGUCUAAAAAAACUCAAUCCAGGAUCAAAAGAAGGACAAAAAAAUGGAGAUGGGUUUCAGGAACAACGAACCAGAAACUCUUUUCUGCAGCAUUUCUUCUACUCCUGCAGCUGCUUCUUCUUCUUCCUCCUCCUCUUCUUCAAAACAUGGAAGCUUAAAUCUUUUGUUGCACCCCACACAGCUUCGAUUUAUUAUUAUUUAUUUUUUUUAGACUUGCAGAGUUGUACACCCUUUGAAAUCCUGCAUGAAUGAUACAAAUGAAAAAUGUCAACGAUGAAUCGACUGUCCAGAGGAAAACGCCUCUAUCUGCCCUAUUUUCUUGUCGUCUGUGAGAGUUUCUCUCUUUUUAGUAAAAAAAAAUAAAAAGCUCUCUGUUUCUCUCUUUGAGCUCCGAAUGGCAUUCCUCUCACAAUUCCUAAAAUGUUUAAAGAAAGUUCUUUUUUUUACGUGCACUAAAAAGCCGACAAUUGAGGGCUAUGGGUGGGAUUAGAUAGUUUAGUGGUGGAUCUCUGCGGAAUUCCUUUUUGCUUGCGCGUCUAUUUUUGCUGUGCCAAAUGCCUGCCACUUACCCAGCUGGAAUUGCACAUAUUUUUUUAGUGGAAGUACCUUUUUGUAACCAAGACUGUAAUUCAGACAUUAUUUUAAUGGGUAGCAGGGUAUAAACUUUCUUUCUUUCCCUCAUGAGGCGACAGUGAAGUCUAAAUCAGCAACACCGUCAAGUCUUCCAGGGUUUGGGGUUCAAACAUGAGAGAGGAGGAGACCAAUAGAGAGGCACAGAAAGGAGAGAAACUCUUUAAUGUUUGUUUUGACUUUUUCUUUCUUUGUUAAUGACUGAAUAUAAUCAAAGCAAUGAUUGUGAGAAUGAGAUUGAUGUAUUUUCGUUUUGUUUGCUUUUGCUUUAUUACCAGUUAAUCGUUUAUCCAACCCUGAUGGACCUCCAACUGUCUGGAAAUUGAAGUUUAGGCCGCUUGGGUGUGCAGUGUCAUUAACACUUCUUACCUACAGGUGGCGAUGUGGGACAAAGGAAACUUGCAGAAAUCACCUGUGAUGAUGCUUUGGUAAAAAGCAGGGGAUGGAACCUCACUGUAGCACAGGUCCGACAGGUUGGAGAAAUGAUAUGAAAAUAUAUAUAUCACAUUUUCUGAGUGUGUUUCACUCCUCUGAUUUCUAUUGGUGUAUUUUUCUGUGUGCCUCAACUAACACUGGUCACAGCACUGUCAGCCCCAACGUCGUUUCUUAAAAUAACUGUAGUUACAUUUUACCUGGAGGCCUAUCACACGUUGACCAGAGAAUGCAAUGACAAGAAAAGUAGACAUGGAAAAAAAAACUGCCUACUAGUGUCUUUCCAGCCUUAGUGGAAUGUCACAGAUGAGUACUUUUCACUUAACUACACUUAAAAUCAGACUGGUUUGUUUGUAGCUCCUGGUUACGGUGUGUCACUAUUUUUUUUUUGUUGUUGUUAGUAUGGAUGUUCACGUUUGAAUGUGUUUCUGAUGUUCUCACUUUAAUUUAGAUUUGUCUCCAAAAAUCUCUGAAAUUGUUCUGUCACAUCAUUUUGAUAAUGUACAAAUGUGUGUGUGUGGGUGUGUGUGUGUGUAAGUGUGCUAAUCUUCCCAUGAAUGAAACCUGCAAAGGUCCGAACAUUCACUUUCCAUCUUUGUGUACAUGCUGCAGCAACAUCCACUAACACGCUGAGUAACCACACACGUCUUUAAAAAGCAAUGUAAAGUCGCUAAGGGUUUUUUUUAAGUACAAAAGAUUAUAAAAAAUAAGAAAAAAGAAUUAUAAAUAAAUGAAAUAAUAAAAAUCUAGUUCCAGAAAUGCAUGUGCAAUGUGCAUGCCACACCGUGGGUUAAAUGUCAUCUUCAGGACAUAAAAAGAAAAGCACAUUAAUUAAUUCAGAGAAAUAAAAAAAAAAGAUAUAAAUAGAUGUUUUUCAAGCAGUGUUUCUUUUUUCCUUCUAUAUUUUUAAGAACAAAAAAAAUGUUAAAAAAGGGGGGGAAAAAAGAAUAUAAAAUAGAAGAGACUUUUAAAGUCAGUCCUGUUUCUUUUCUUCUGUUUGUUGGGGUUGAGACACACCACAUCCAUGUUCUUGAUGCCACUAAAAAUAACCGUCUUUAAUGCAUUGAAAAAAAGAAAAGAAGAAAAGAACAUGCAGUUUAAAAGAUGGUAUAAUUUCCCUUUUUUCUUUGGAUGAGAGGGUCAAGGGAUGCAGGGGUUAGCAAAACCUGUUGAUGAACUUGUUCAAACUGGCUGUUGGACCUUUGAUCUCUCAGUCACUCCCCUCUUUCUCCGUCUCUCACACUUUUUCCUGUUGCACUCGCCAGUCUCACCGCUAUUUCUACCAGUGCAUUUUGUAAUUCCAAACAGAACUCUUCCUAAAGAAUAAAAAUCCAGAGAGAAUGCAAACUA